AUGGAGAAGCUGAACAGUGAAGAUGGCCAGCUUUUCAUCAAGAACCUCGCAAGUUUCGUACGAACGCACGAGAAGGCAUUGGCGAACGCUCUGCAGCUGAAACGCCAACCUGCCAAAAAUGUGCAAACCACACACAUUCAAUCCGGCUCGGCCGCGAGCUCGGCUUCAUCCACCCUGGCGGCCGCGCUCUCAUUCGGUGCUUUAAAGUUCGCCUCGCAAAGCGUCAAGCCUGCCAAACUCACCCUCACCCCUCACCAUCUCUUCUAUCUCCUCUCCUGCUUCGAAGAACUUUCUAUUGCUGUGGGACCCUUGAAUGUUAGACUGGAAAACAUCCAUACAGACAUCUCGCAGUCUUACGUCUCAUUCUUGAAUAAGCCCCAGCGAUCUCGGGGGGAUCGAGAUUCGAUCCACUCCGUAUCCAGUGUCCGUAGUGUUAUGUCUGGUAUGAGUUCGCUUUGGUCCUCAUUUGGCCUGGUAUCCAAAGACCCCGUCUCCAGGUCAGAAAAGGCCAAGGCGGCUCUGGAGGCGGAUACAAAGUACCUAUACUCUGCCUUCACCAAGAUUCCUUGCCUACGGCUAGCCCCUGAUCGUCGUGCCCGUUUGAUUCGCGGGUAUGAAGAGUUCCCCUUUGACACUGCAGUGCCCCUCCACUCCUUCAAAAACUUGAGCGCUUUAGAGAUUAUCGAUAUAGACUUCCGAUCAUUUUUCGGUUGGGACAGACUGUCAGAGCAACUGCGGACACUGACGAUCAAGCGGGCAAACAUCGAUGAUCCUGCCGAGUUACUCACUGGGAUCGUACUGGAUGACAUCGACAAACGACGCCGCCGAUCAACCAGAAACCAUAACAAUGGGCCGAUGAUGGGCUGGACCUCGAUGGUUCGAAUGGCGUCGGAAGGUUCGAAAAGCCGCCAUCGAACUGGAAGUAUCUCUCCUUCGCGCCCAACGAGCUCCAAACACUCGUCCUACCGCCAUAAUCGGGGGACUGCCUCACGCAUUCGACGCACCGGCUCCGGCAGCUCAAACUCAAGCGACACCUCGGGACACCGCAACGGAAGCUCCUCCAACCUACUGGCUGGGGUACUCCCCGCUUCUAAAUGGAGGUUCCUGCGUCAUCUUGGGCUUCCCGAUAAUUCCUUGACUAGCAUCUCUGCUGCCGGCCUUGCGCCUGUAGCUAACACACUUCAUUCGCUCGACAUUUCGGCCAACCUGUUUACUGAAGUCCCCGAUAGUUUAUCGACCCUUGUUGCUUUACGCGCCUUGAACCUUUCGCAUUGCAUGAUAGAAUCUCUCCACUCGCUGUCCCGCAAUCCUCUUCCCGCCAUCACCGCCCUCAACCUUCGUGGCAACCGUCUUCGCUCUCUCGCGGGCAUUGAGAGAUUGCUCUCCUUGGAGCGGUUGGAUCUUCGCGAUAACAACCUCUCCGAUCCGACAGAGAUCGCCAGGCUCACAAAUCUCCCUGAGAUACGGGAGAUCUGGGUAUCGGGUAAUUCGUUUGUCAAGACGCAUCCUAAUUACCGCGUGAUCAUCUUCAAUCUUUUCCGUCGUACUCCCGGGUACUCGGAAGACAUCAUCAUUGAUGGUUCCGGGCCCGGAUACACGGAACGGAAACAGCUGGUGGAGCGAGCUGCGGAACCCGAAGCUGCACCUGUCAUACGAUCGGCUGCGGCUGAUCUCUCAGCCGUGGUCAGCAAACCAUCAUCCAACACCAUCAACCAGACAGCCCCGUUGCUUCACGAACAGGGGCGACCCACUGGUCGUGUGUUCCAGGGUGAAGUUGAGGUGGGGUCGACGCGUCGCAAAAAGGGAACUCGGCGGAGGAUCAUCGAUCGGCCGCAGGAGACACCCUCCACUGAUGGUAAUGAUACUCCAGGUGCAGUGGUGCCUUCUACUCUUCCUGUUCACCAUGUCCAAUCACUUGAAGACCCGUUUAUCUCGCCGUCUCUCGACCGUCAAUGGAAAUCUGAUGGUGGACCCCAGGCCAGACCCCCCAGCCCUAAGAACUUCAGCAAUGUCGACCAUCAACAAACACAAUCCAUUGGUCAAACCGAAGAGCGUCCUACACCUCAGCGAGCACCACAGAGCAUAGGCUGGAGUAUGGAUGAGGAUUUUUACCGACGGGAAUUAGAUGCUCUCCGGCAAGAACUGGGCAACACGUGGCUUGCGCAACUCGGUGACCGGGGCUGGAAACACAGUCCAACUGAUGCUACUGUGCACCGCACAGGGACUGAUUUUACCGAGGCUACCAGAAUGCCGGCCGAUUCCCUGACCAGGGUGAGUGCACCGGUCAUACUAAGUGGAGGACAUGCUCUGAGUUGA